AUGGUGUACACUGGGCAAUUGGCCGCUGGAACAAAGGGACAGGGCGACGCGGCCAACAUGCAGAACCGCCGAUCUCGACCGCCGGUGCGGCUCACCUCGCGAGGUUCGUUCCGGGCAGGCUCGCCGCUGCCAACCUUACGGUCCUCGGGGCCACGAGCUGCGGGCACGUUACGGCGGCAGUCCACGACACAGCACUACCAGACGUUCCCGACACAACCACCGAGAACACCCGGCCACCGGGCGCACCGCUCCUCCGGCUCGUCGUCCACCACGUCACUUGGCCACGAGGGCCACCAGCCAGCCACGCCGCUGCCAGUAUGGCAGCUGGCGCUGCUUGCCCUCCUGUCCCUGUCAGAACAGACGGCUCUGAACUCGAUAUCGCCAUAUCUGCCAGAAAUGGUCGCCUCAUUUCCCGACGUCGAUGACGAGAAGGUCGGCGUCUACGUUGGGCUGCUGGCAUCAGCAUUUGCCCUGGCGCAGCUGACGACAAACCUGUUAUGGGGCUACGUAUCCGAUAUAAUAGGUCGCAAGCCGGUAAUGCUCAUGGGGACCACGCUGCUGUGCCUGUGUUUUGUCCUUUUCGGUUUCUGCACCCGGUUCUGGCACAUCGUGUUGGUGCACAUCGCCAUGGGUUUAUUGAAUGGCAACGCGGCAGUGGUCCCAACUUGCCUCGGGGAGCUGACGGACAGGAGUAAUCAGAGCAAAGCAUUUACUUGGCUGCCAGUGGUCUACAGUUUGGGCAGCAUCACCGGGCCGGCCCUGGGUGGCCUUCUGGUGGGCACGGUAGCCGGCGACAAAUUCCCUUUCUUGGCACCUAAUAUCUUAGGGGCUUCUCUACUGGCUUGCAGCGUGCUAGUCCUACUAUUCUGGUUUGACGAGACUCUGGAAGAAAAAGGCGAAUCUUUUGACUGGAGCGAAAAGUUCAACUGGCUGUGCUGCUGCAUGAAGAGGACGAAGAGGAAGCUGAGCCAUUCGCUUUCACGAGAUCAGCGUGAUGGAGAUGGAUUGGACGACGAGGACGACCAGAAUGAAGAGCGUGGGCUUCUCAGACCGGAUGGGGAUGAGGGCGAUGACGAUGCAAAGAGUCCGUCUGAUCCAGCAACCUGGCGGCAGAUUUUCAACCGGACCACUGUGCUAUUGCUGGUCACGUAUCUUGUCUUCCAGGUUUCAAACAUCUCGUUCAGCAGCUUGUAUCCGCUCUUCGCGUCAGGUCCGCCGCCCACCGGCAGAGAGCUACACGCCGAUGUCAUUGGCGUGUCUCUCUCCGUUGCGGGAUUGUUCACCAUCAUAUUCCAGCUUUUCGUCUUCAGGCCAAUCAAGGCUAAGCUGGGCAAUCUUGGUACCUAUCGAGGUUCGCUCCUCGGUCUAGCCAUCAGCAUGGCAUUGAUGCCCUGGGUUGGCUACCGGGAUUCCAACCCUCCCUUCGGGGUGGGUAGCAGCAAAAUUUGGCUGUACGCGGAAAUGGGCUUCAUCUUGGUCAUCAAGAAUAUUUGUGCUGUCGGUGGACUUUCCAGCGUGAUGCUUUUAAUAACCAACUCAGCGCCGUCCCACGCAAGUUUAGGCACGCUUCAAGGCGUUGCCCAAACCCUGUCUGCGGCUGGCCGGAGUUUUGGGCCAUUUGUUUCAGGCAGUUUAUUUUCUCUUUCUAUCCAUGUGCAACCAAAAGGGGAGGCACUUGCCUGGGGUUUGUUUGCAGGUAUCUCCCUCAUGGGCUGGCUUGGAAGCUAUGCCAUUCAUGCAGAAGGCUUAGAGAGUACCGACGAUGGAUAUGAGGAAGAAGAGGAACAUCAAGACGACAGCCAAGCGUGA